ACAGCUGAGCUAGCUGAGCUAGCUGCGGAGCUGAAGAUGGGGGAAGGCCAAGGUCAGGCGGACCCGUACCUCUACAUCCGCAGCUACAAGAUCGGCAUCUUCGGCUGGCGUAAGCGGUGCCUUUACGGUCUUCUGCUGGUGCUGCUGCUCAUGGUCAUCAUCAACCUGGCGCUGACGCUCUGGAUCAUGAAGGUUCUCGACUUUUCCGUGGACGGCAUCGGCGGCCUGCGUGUGGUGAAGGGCGGCAUCGUGCUGGACGGCGACUCCUGGGUCAUGGGUCAGCUGGUGGCCAGUCAUGUGCGCUCGCGCCACCACCAGCCCAUCAGCUUCCAGUCGUCGCAGAACUUCUCCGUCAACAUUCGGAACAAGGCUGGCGAGCUGGCCUCCCAGCUCACGCUCGGCCCAGAGGGCUUUCACGUCAUCUCGAACUCUUUCCAAGUCACGGACCAGAUGGGUAUGGUGCUAUUCGCGGCGUCACCCAGCCAGGUGAUCGUCGGUGCGCACACACUGCAGGUCACAGGGGAGGGCGGGGCCGUGUUCGACGGAUCGGUGGAGACGCCGGUCGUGAGAGCGGAGGCCGGGAACGAACUCAAACUGGAGUCGGCCACCCGGUCACUGGAGAUCUCGGCGCCGCUCGGCGUGGCCAUUGAAUCGCGGGCGGGCGAUAUCAGCGCCGCCUGCCUCACGGAUCUCAAACUACAAUCCACCGGCGGAUCGGUGCGAAUCGACUCGUCCCGAGUGCUGCUGCCCGGGCUGCCCAUCGCAUCGCCCAGCAGCCAACGGCCGCUCGGCCCGACCGGCGACGCCAAGGCCUAUCAGGUGUGCGCCUGCACCAGCGGCAAGCUGUUCGUCACGCCAGCAGAGGGCAGCUGCUUGGUAGAUGGCGCCACCUGCCAGUGAGGUCCGCUGAGGUCCACAGAUCGCAGUCAAGGGGGACCAUUGAUCAGUGAGACCGGCAGCCGAUGACAAAGGGGACCAUCAACGAAUGAGCCCCGCCCACAAGCAGUACGCACGACGUGGCCCACCAAUAAGGGGCACCCAUGUCAACAAGAGUCACUGAGGCCCACCGGCAUGUGGGACACCCCGACCGCUCGACCCCUGCGUUAACCAAUCAAGACCAACUGCCAGGGACACUGGACGGACACGGGCGAAAGCAGCCCUACGGGUGGCUCUGGUCUGGUUCCGCGGCGUCAUCGCGAGGUGUCACAGACCCGCGGUGCGG